ACGACAGUCUCGCUCGCUCGCUAUGGCGGCCCCACGCUCAUCGACGCGCGCUAAAUUCAAAGACGCGAUACAGACGUUGAAAAUUCGAAUUUGACUUUAUCAGAGACUUGACAUCUAUGACUGAAUUUUGACUGACUUGUGACAGUGACAGUACUAAGACAGUGAGACAGACAGACAGUGACUUGACCUGACUUGGAUUUAUCGUAAAUUGACUGACAGUUUUUUUCUGGAGGCGGCAAAACCAAUGGCAACGAUGGAAACAGCCCGGAAGGUAGAACAGAGGAACCAAACUUUCCGAACGCAAGCGCUCUGCGCCAAUCACCAUUACUGCAGCAGUGUCCGCAUCGAAACGCGCCAAAAUGUCCGCCAGCUUCCAAACGAUACCGCACACAUGAUGGUACUUGCAACAACUUAAGCCGUCCACAAUGGGGCUCCACCUUGACACCCGUCCAGCGUUUCCUUCAGCCUUCUUAUUCCGACGGCAUACAAGCACCUCGGCGUUCGAUCUUCGGGAGCAAACUACCCUCCGCCCGUGAGAUAAGCUCCCUCGUACACGAAGACCAGAAUGUCGAGCAUCCUAUCAUCACGCAUCUGUUGAUGCAGUGGGGCCAGUUCCUGGAUCAUGAUGUGACAUCGUCUUCUCAGUCCCGAGGUUUUAAUGGUUCAGUGCCAAGAUGCUGUAAGGAUGGUGGGAGGGACUUUAUGCCGAAAGAGCUUAUGCAUCCGGAGUGCCUGCCUAUCGCGGUCCCGGCGUCGGAUCCGUUCUACGGGCCGCGAGGAGUCCGAUGCUUGGACUUCGUGCGCUCGUCUCCAGCACCGCGGGACGACUGCGCGCUGGGAUGGCGCGAACAAAUCAACCAGGUGUCCGCGUACAUCGACGCGUCACCACUCUAUGGCAGCUCAGCGAGGCAGUCCGACAAACUUAGGCUAUUUAGGAAUGGCAUGUUGCAGUACGGGCGCGUGGUGCAGCGCAGGCCCGUGCUGCCGGCGGGGCGGCGCGACGAGCUGUGCCGCGGCGGCGCGCUGUCCGCCGACUGCUUCAAGUCCGGCGACGGCCGCGUCAACGAGCACCCCGGCCUUGUCGCCGCGCACAUCGUGUGGCUGCGACACCACAACAGAAUGGCGCAAGAACUGGCGCACCUGAACCCGCAUUGGAGCGACGAAAAAAUCUAUCAGGAGACGCGGAAGAUCGUCGGCGCCAUGGUUCAGCAUAUCACCUACAGAGAGUUCUUACCAAUUGUUUUAGGGUCGGAGGUGAUGCGCCUGUUCGAACUGGAUCUAUUGGAAAAAGGAUACUACAAAGAUUACAACCCGAAAAUCAACCCCAACCCGGCGAGCUCGUUCGGUUCAGCCGCGUUCCGGUUCGGCCACAGCCUGGUCCAGCCGUCCAUGGUCCGAUUCGACCGGUUUCAUAGGCCUAUGAGUAACAACGUUUCCCUACACGAUGAGAUAACAAACCCAUCAAACAUCUGGAGCAUGGGCGCUGUGGACCGGCUGCUAAUCGGCAUGAUCAACCAGCCCAUACAGAAACGCGACGAGUUCAUCACAGAGGAACUCACCAACCAUCUGUUCCAAACUCCUCACUUCGACUUCGGGAUGGACUUGGCCGCCAUAAACAUACAAAGGGGAAGGGACCACGGUGUGCCUCCGUACACCACCUGGAGGGAACCAUGCGGUCUGUCGGCUAUACAGGACUUCGAUGACUUGGUCAGAGUGAUGCCGAUGAGGCUUGUGAGGAAACUGAAGAAAUUGUACAGGCACAUAGACGACAUAGAUCUUUUCACUGGAGGUAUGGGCGAAAGACCGGUUAUAGGAGGUUUGGUGGGUCCAACGUUUGCCUGUAUCAUUGCGCAACAGUUCUCAAAUCUGCGUAAAGGCGAUCGAUUCUGGUAUGAGAAUGGAGGUUUUGAAUCAUCAUUCACUCCGGCACAACUACAGCAAAUACGCCGUAUAUCGUUAGCUCAAGUACUCUGCCGUACCCUUGACAGUAUAGACAGUGUCCAGCCUUUCGUUUUCCUAUCACCCGACAACCCUGACAACGAAAGAAUCUCCUGUCACAACGGACUGCUUAACAACUUUGACUUAUCUCCAUGGACCGAAAUUAACUCCGACUCAAACAACGACAUCAAAAAAUCUGACAAUGACAUGUCUUUUACACAAAAACCUAUAACUAAACGACCGACUACGACAGUAAAACCGCUGACUACUAAAAAAAGACAAAAGUUCACUGCUGCGAUUAAUACAGCUCCACGAAACGGAUCGACUGUACUGAACAAUUCGACCAAACCUGACAAUAUUAAUCACAAACUUAAUAAUACAGACGUAAACCUAACAGACACUGACUUUAAUGCAACUGACGACAACACGACAAUUAACUCAACAAUAAAACCGAUAACAAAUUUACAAGCAAUCGACGACAAACUUGACUUUAAAAACAAAAGCAGACGCUACAGUGACUUUGAAAGCAUCAUAACUAGAAACCGUAAGCCGACUAAUCAUUACAACAAUUACAACGACUAUGACGACAACGUGCAAAGUGUACAAUCAUUAGUCGUGAACAAUUUACAGCACCAACGACCCUAUAACAGACCAGUUAUUACAGUAACCGAAAACGUUGACAAAUAUACAUACUUAAUCAACUACGUACCACGACCGACACAAUCUUGGAGACAUAGCACUAGAAAGACUCACCACGACAGGGACGUUGUUAAAGUGACUUAUCAGAAUUACGGCGAUACGUACGACAGACGACCGAACAGACCAUAUCACUAUGACAACAGACGACCAAACAAACCUUACUAUAAUAGAUACGACUCUGACAAUGACAGCGACUCGUACAGACGUGAAAGACCCGACACGAAAUUGACAAAUAUCGUAAACUCAUCCGCUAGAUCAAAUGACUACGACUCAAAUACAACUAAAGACAACACAGAUGCAAAUAAUGACAAAACUGAUCUCACGACUGAAAACUUUAAUAAACUAACGACUUUUAGCUACGUCGGUACAUAUAGAGGUGACGGUACAGGCAGACACACUAAUUUUGACAAAGCCAACGUUGACAUAACAGAAAAUAAACAUAACAGUUUAAGCAAAGACUUUACGACCUUUGAAACUAAAAAAUCUGAGACAGAACUUAAAGAUGACGUGACCAGCACUGAUAAAAUUUCUACAUUCUUUCUUUACGAAACAGCGACACGACCGUACAGUUUACACAGACCGACAAAACGUAGCGACGAAGAACAAAUUAACAUGAGCAAUAAAAACAAGUAUUAUUACGUUAGAAAUGUUUUGCAUAAAUAUUCUGACGAGGACUUGUCUGAUACAAAAACAAACACUGCGGCUGAACUGAGCUUGAUCGAACAUAAUUAUAAUAAGCCCAGUAUUUCUAACUUCGGAAUCGAAGAAAGAUCCGCCGUAAAUAAAAUGCCAUCAAUAGAAGAAACAAAAAGACAUAACACGGAGAGACAUAAGUUAAAGGCUCAAAAGCCGAAAAGUCCAGCUCAAACACCGUCAGUCAACUUCCAGAUUAUUCCCAGUGAAAAUAGUCCAUCGCAGUGGGCAGUAUACGAAGAAAAUGAGAAUCUUCAUGAAGGCUUAUCGCGUCGUAUGCCCUCUCUCAAAGCCGAUCCCCACGCACUAAGGGAAAUACCGAGGCCUAUGGAUCUAACGCGCCCUUUAAGACGUCGACCGGGAAGACUGUAGAUAGGAAAUUGUUAACAAUAGCCUUUGCUUUAAAUUAACGAGAUGUCUUUCAUUUAAAAUUGCCUUAAGAUGUCAUAACAAAUGAUUAAGACGUCUCGUUGAUGUACAAUAUUUUCAAAAAAUCAGUGUAUAAAUUAAAAACGGUUCAAUCGUUACUAAUGACUGUUACUUGUGUUUGCGACUGUGACAAGACAUGACUAUUAGACCAACUUGACGUUAACACUGACGCCUUAGAAUUAACAAUUAAUGCAAGCCUGAUAUAAAAGAUAGACAGACAUACACAACUAAAUAUAAUGACCUGAGACUGACAAUGAAACAGAGAUGGUCCGCGUAGCCAUAAAAUGACUAGCACCAGUAAACUUACUUGACAAUUCUGACAACUGAUGACUGGCGUUGACAUGACUGACUGACUGAAGACCUAGUAGACCUAUUUAGACCUCUUUAACCAUAUAUUUGUAAUAUUUUUAAUGAGGGUUCUUACUUUUUUCUUACUUCUUAAUUACGUUCUAUAAUAAACAGCAUAGCAUAUUUUAAUGGGACAUAAUAGUGUCGAAAUUCUAACACCCAUUAUUGACUCAGCAACGAAAGACAGAAAAAAAAAUUUUAUCCCAGAACUAAGCACAUUACACAAAAAUAUAAACAACGUAGGAAGAGAAUAAAAAAUAUAUAUAGGAAAAUUAAUCGUAAAACAUAAAAUACAAAUACAUAAAACCGCCGAAAUAAACCACAUUUCAAUACAGAAACGACUGACGAGCCGACAACCGAUGUUAUUCUUUUUAGGCACUGUCCCUCCGCCAACGGUGAACGAGAAGAGAGUAGGACUAGAAACCAAAAAAGAAAUAAGUGUUGGCGAGCAGCGAGAAGCGAUUUUGUGUAGUUCCAAUAAUUUUGUCCCUGGGCUAUAAGCGAGUGCACUCAGAUCCGAACUGUAUAGUGCUGGUUGGUCUCUCUGCGUGAGUUCUAACCGCCAAACAAGCUGAACGAGUUUUAUCUUUGAUAGCUCUUGUCGGUGUGACAAACUAGCGGAGAGAGUCCUCGCCGGCUGUGUGAAUAGCCAGAUAUCAACUAUUAAUUUAGUAUCUCUUACUUUUACUGACAUGGGAUCUAUAUCUAGUACUGUUCGUUUCUUGAGCGAUAAAAUAGAGGAUAGACAAUCGCUUCCUCAUCAAGUGCUUUAAUAAUUGUUUUAUCUGGAACUGAUUUAUAAACAACAGAACUAAUAUGUAACGUAACGACAUAUAAAUAUGACUAAAAUAUACACAGGUGGCGCCGCGUUACCUACAAUAAAUGGUAUUACUAACUACAUCGUUUUUUUAUCAUGUACACAAAAAGAAACAACCAGGCGAAAGUUAAUUGGUUUAUUAAAUUAUAGUUACCUGCAAUAUAAAAAAAAGUGUUGUUGCCACUUGCCACUUUAAAAAUUUUAUGUUAUACAUAGUGUUGCAACUCAUGUAAAAUAUUUUAUUUUUAAUUUUGACAUAAGAUUUUACAGAACUAGUAACUAGUAAUGACCUGGUUAACAUUUGUAUAUGAACUUAAAAUGUAUAUGACUGACUGUACUUCAUGAAUGUUGUCAACAAUGUUCAGAUAUAAUGACUGAUAUUAGUUACUCCUUGGUUCUUACAUUAUAAUAUGACAAUAGCUAAAUAGGGUAUGACUUAUCAGGACUUGCCACUGUAACUGACAGUAAUUGUUUAUAUUUCAUUGAAAAAUAAUAUGUAAACAUAAAAGCUAUUUAUUUGCAUAGUAUUAAUUUCCUUAUUUGCUAUUGCAUGAGAAUGAAUAAUUUUUAAAAUAUUUUAUGAUUGCGUGAAAUGCAAAAGCUUUAGUGUUACUAAUAAUCAAUAAAGAUAAAUAAAAUAAAGCAAACCAAAACCACAAUUAUUAUGAGACAUGACAAUGACUGAAAGAACACCAUGACAGACUGGAAUGUAGAAAAAAAGACAAUAUUGACACACAGGUUAUAUUUGCUUAAAAUACAUAAACAGAUAUAAUAUAAUAUGUGUAUAAUAAAUUUUACAAUAACAUAAAUUAUUAAAUCACAUACGUACACUAUGUAAUUGCAGAUUGACAUACUUUACAAGUAAACUGAGUAGAACAAUAUAUGCAAGACAUGACACAAUUUAUCAAAUGCAUUUGAGUAUCGACUGCAAUUUUAAUGCAUUUUUAUUCAAAUUUUGUGACUUAUAUAUUAUACUUAAAUGUAAAUAAACUCUCAC